AUGCGUAACAACAUCUGCCUUCUGGCCAUCCUCGGCGUGGCCCCUGCGCUCAUCGCCGCUAAUCCCAUCCCGCAGUCGCCGUCUGUCCCUGUGGGCAUCUAUGACUACUCCAUUGGUACCCGCAAGGGAGAGUCCAUGUGUGGUCUUGUGAACCCAUGCGAGUACCUUGAUGCCGACGGCAACUUUGACGCCCCGCAUAUCCCAGGCGGUCCCGAUGGUCCUGGUGAGGGUGAGGGUGAGGAUGAGGGUGAAGGUGACCGUCGUGGACAGAGCGAGAUUGAGGGUCAGGGUGAGAGCGCGGCCGAGGAGGCUCAGCGUGCGAAGCGCCAGGAGCCUAAGGGCCCCUUUGUCUGCGUCAACUGCGACUCCAUCGUCAACCGCGGCCUCCUGUCGUGCGCCAAGGCCCGCGGCUGGCAGGUGAACUGCGACCUGCCCAAGUUCGCCAAGCUCGUCAUCUGCGGCGGCGACUGCCAGAAGGGACCCCCUCCCCCGCCGCAGCCUCCCAAGGUCGCCGAGCCCGAGCCGACGCCCGAGCCUGAGAAGACUCCCGAGCCGACGCCGGAACCCACCAAGACGCCGGAACCCACCAAGACGCCUGAGCCCACCAAGACGCCUGAACCCGAGCACCAAUACACUCCCGAGCCUACCCCGGAGCCCACCCACGUUCACCCCGAGGGCGGUUACCAGGCGUCCAAGCCCACUCCGGAGCCCACCCCCGAGCCUACCCCUGAGCCCGCCCACGUUCACCCCGAGGGCGGCUACCACGCCACGAAGCCCAGCGAGGAGCCCGCCCCUGCCCCUGCCCCCACCCAGGAGGCUUACCACACCGUCCCCCACGGCAACCAGCCCGAGGCUCACCACGAGGAGCCCAAGCAUGAGGAGCACAAGCCGGAGCCCGCCCCUGAGCAGGCUCCCGCCCCUGCCCCUGCCCACGGCUACCCGACCGCUCCCGCCCCGGCCGCUGAGCAGCCCCAGCACUACGAGGAGCCCAAGCAUCACGAGGAGCCCAAGCAUGAGGAGCAGCCGAAGCACCACGAGGAGCCCAAGCAUGAGGAGCAGCCCCAGCAUUACGAGGCGCCCAAGCAUGAGGAGCAGCCCAAGCACGAGGAGCGCACCGAGGAGCUCGCCCCUGCCGUCCAGCCGUCCGCCGAGAUGCCGCAGCCCGAGCCCAAGCGUUUUCGCAAGCCCAAGAUGACCCCGGCCGUCGGUGGUGAUUACGGCCACCACCAGCGCCAGUAA